UAGUUAUUUAAUUUUAACAUUGCUGAUUUAUACGCUUAUUCUAGGACAGGAAAUGUAUUAAUUGAGUUAACAAUACACUAAUGUUCAAAGAAGUAACAGGUAGUUAACAGCAGCAAUUUCAUGUAUCCUAAAGUUACGAUGUGUGUCCGUUCCACAUUUCUGCGUCACAUUCCCGGAACUAACGUAAGUAAGCCCUCGGAUAUUCGGAAAGCUUUAUCAACGGACCGGUCCAACUGGGUAACGUGUCCGCACAAACUCCUGCAGUAAUUCUGAGGAAAUUCAAAUAACCCAAACCCAAUAUUUCAAGCAUAAAUGGAUGACGAUGCGCCAGAUGAAGUCCUUAAGGAGCUGCAGGAAAGGGAAAUUGGAGCAUGGGGUGUUGCUCAGAUAGCCGCUGGCACCGGGCUUGCUGUGUAUGUUAUGUGGGCGGGAAUCGUACAGCCAGGCUUCAGGAGAGUCCCCUUGAAGCUACAGGUCCCGUACAUUCCUGCCAGCAGAGCUCAAGUGGAUCAUGUAAUGACUUUACUAAGAGGCCGAAAGGGAGGGCUUGUGGAUCUGGGAUCAGGUGAUGGCCGUAUUGUCUUGGAAGCCCAUCAGCAGGGUUUCACUCCCGCGGUUGGUUAUGAGCUGAAUCCGUGGCUAGUUCGCCUGGCCCGUUACCAUGCGUGGAGAGCAGGCCAUCAGGAAAAAGUUUCGUACAGACGGGAAGAUCUCUGGAAGGUCGACUUGACAGAAUGCAAGAAUAUCACAGUGUUUUUGGCUCCUAGCGUGCUUUCAAUAUUACAGAAGAAGUUGGAGGCUGAGCUUUCUGAUGAUGCUUUAGUGGUAGCAGGUCGUUUUCCCUUCCCUAACUGGACACCCUGCAGGGUUGAGGGACAUGGUGUGGACAGAGCCUGGGCAUAUAACGUUCAAGCACAAAGACAGAACUCCUUAAAGAAAAUGACAGCUACGAAAAACAACCUCAACAAUGAACUGACCAAGGACUAAAGCUCCACUUGAACGAUUGUUCCUACUCUUUUGGACUCUAGAAUGGGAACAUUAAUUUAUACUCUAUAUCAUUGAGUUACUGCUUAUUAAAAAUACCUUCCAUGGAAUAUUAUGGAUAUUUAACCUA